UCGCUCUGCUCUCUGCUGUGGUUUUCAUCAAUAUGACGUUUCAUCAAAGGAAGUGAAGUUUUGUGUAGCUAGGGAGGGGCUUGUUGUUAAGUUUUCAAAGAAAAUGCAUCAUUACAAACUAUAAAGGGAAAUGUACGACUAAUUUAGCAAUAAUUACGCAUAGUUAGUCUUAUUGACUUGUCAAAUUGGUUUGCGUCGUAAUCGUGUAGAAUUUGGAGAGGAGCAUCAUAGCGGAACAAGAACGUAGAUAUUAUUUGGCGUCCAGCACAAUAAGAGAAGGAUCACAGUGACGACACCAGUGCUGAAUCAGCUGUUGCACGCCUUGUUCUUGGAGCUUGACCAGGAAACGAGUACUUUCAGAAGACAAAACCCGUCCAACUCGCCACUCUCACACUCCAACAAUGUCCUUGGCACUCAAACAAGUCUUCAACAAAGACAGGACAUUCCGCCCCAAGCGCAAAUUUGAGCCCGGGACGCAGCGCUUCGAGCUGCACAAAAAAGCGCAGGCCUCUCUGAACGCAGGGCUGGACCUGAAGCAGGCUGUACAGCUCCCUCACGGCGAGGACCUGAACGACUGGGUGGCCGUGCACGUGGUGGACUUCUUCAACCGCAUCAACCUCAUCUACGGCACCGUCAGCGACUCCUGCACCGACCAGUCCUGCCCCGUCAUGUCCGGCGGACCCAAGUACGAGUACCGUUGGCAGGACGAGAACAAGUACAGGAAGCCCACGGCCCUCUCUGCCCCAAAGUACAUGAACAUGCUGAUGGACUGGAUCGAAGUGCAGAUCAAUAAUGAGCACAUCUUCCCUACCAACGUCGGUACUCCCUUUCCCAAGACAUUCAUGCAGGUAGCGAAGAAGAUCCUGUCGCGGCUGUUCCGCGUCUUUGUGCACGUGUACAUCCACCACUUCGACCGUGUGAGCCAGAUGGGAGCGGAGGCUCACGUCAACACCUGCUACAAACAUUUCUACUACUUUGUCACUGAGUUCAACUUGACCGACCACAAAGAAUUGGAGCCACUGGUAGGACUUUGUGUGUGUGUGUGUGUGUGUGUGUGUGUGUGUGUGUGCAGGCCACAUAUUUCCUAG